AUGACCUUAGAGACUGAUAAGGCGGGAUACGCUACGUGUGUGGGCGACGAUCAGUGGGCGCCCCCGACGUUGCCGACUGGUCUAACCCGUGUGGAGCUCCGUGGAUUCCUGGUACCUGAGCUGGGAUCUGCUCAGCUGCAUCACCUUCCCGGCCUGCGAGAACUUCAACUUAAUCAGUGCAACGUUACCAGACUUUAUGAUGAUGCGUUUGCAACCAUGGCAGAUUUGGACCGACUAGACUUAUCAGAAAACCGGCUGAUGGUGUUAGGCCCAGACUCAUUCCGUGGCCUUAGAUCGCUAAGACAUUUGGACCUAUCCGCUAACCGACUGGCUAACCUAACACAGCCGUUCACUCACUUGCCAGCGCUGCAGCACCUUAACUUGCGAGACAAUGCCCUCACCAGCCUCACACAAGAUACAUUUCAAGGAUUGGACCGAGUUCAGUAUGUUAACUUAGACGCCAAUAAGAUACUGAAUGUUGAGGUAGCGGCCUUCCAACAUCUCACCAGUCUAGCUCACCUCAUUCUCUCUAACAAUCCACUUUCCUCUCUAGCCACCCUAGAUUUUUUUGGGUCUCGCUUGCAGUACAUAGAUGUCUCUAAUAUUGGGAUCAGUCGAGUGCCUCAGGCUCUCACACAGUUUGUGAGGGAUCUUCGUCUUGCUAAAAAUUCCAUCAGAGAGAUUCAACGGGGAGACCUCGACUCUUACCCUUAUUUAGGUCUUCUGGUCCUUGAUGAUAAUGGGCUAGAGGUUCUGGAAGAAGAUGCGCUGGGACGCCACGAGUACCUGGCUCGCCUUUGGCUCAACGGCAACAAACUUAAAAAUAUUCCCUUGUCACUUCCCCCGGCCUUACAUGCCCUAUAUGUUGAGGAGAACCUUAUAACUGGACUCCAUGAGGGCGACUUCCGGGUUCAGUCCAAAUUAGAACAAUUAUUUCUUCAACGUAAUCAUAUUGCAAUUAUCGCCCCAUCCGCACUAAGUGAAUUAACAAGUCUUCAUACUCUUGACUUAAAAGCCAAUCGGUUGACUAAUCUCACAGGUCGAGUAUUUUCACGGUUAGCAAGUUUGGUGAAGCUCGAUCUGUCACAAAACCCAAUACUAACGCUGGAUGCGGAUGUCAUGACUGGCCUUACUUCUGUCCGAGUUCUGCAGAUGUCUCGCAUCCAUUCAUCUUCAGUGGAGAUUCCUGAUACACUUUUCGACCCCCUGAAGGGUCUGCAGAUCCUGGAGAUGUACGGGUCACCACAGAUAGUGGUGCAGCUGGUCAACACCACCAGGAUGUUGCAUUCGCUGCGCGGCAUCCGAGAAUUGAACAUCAUGCAUAAUGACCUCUCUGUUCUCCGCCCAGACUUCCCUUCAUUUUUUCCCAAGCUUCAGGUGGCCAAGCUGAGUGGCAACACUUGGGACUGUGGCAGCCCAGGCAAGGUCAUGUGGAUGAAGAGAUGGAUGACGCACUCACCAGUACACUUUUACAGGUCUUACAAUAUCAGGUAUGGGGAUAACGUCAUCUUUACUGAUGAUCUCAAGCUACAAAGUGAUAGGAUGUACGCUGGAUAA